AUGGUUCGCGAAAUGCAAUUCUCCGGCAAUUUCGGCGUUGCAACGGAAGUAGGCGGCGUAACACUAAACUCCGGGAACGUUCCACCCCUAAAUUUAAUUCUUAUAAAACAACGCGAUAAAAAUAAUCGUAAACCAUAAACGAACCGUGGUAUCCGGUUAUAGGUUUGGUAUACGUCUCGUUGUUUUUUUUUUUUCAGCCCAAUGUAGAGUGUAACCUUCAAAGGAAUCGAGAAUAACAAAACCCCGAAAUAAAAGUCGAAAAUUCAAACGUGAGGCCCCCAGUAUUAUAGCGGCACAAAGUAUUUUUUAGUGAACAUCCACUCGUCCCUCCCUUAGAAAAAGCUCUAUGAGCGGAUAUACCAAACUUUCCCCUUGACUUUUUUAUCAUCCUAAUACGCCCCCUGCAUUGAGACUAUUUUCUACCUAAAACAUAAAAGAUAAUAUCUUAUACAAUAUAUCCUAAUAUCCAAUAUCAUAAUAUCUUACACACAAUCCACUAAUUAAAUCUCUUCUUCUUAUCCUUUACCUUCAUCCCUUUGUUUCGGGAUCAGCCAGCACCGUUCUACACUUCACUCGACUCGAUUUUCCAUAUCAUCUCUGUAAUACCGUGGCCAUUAUCAUAUCGUUUCAAAUGCAUCCAAUCACCUUUUAUUCGAUAUUCCACUUUCCACCUACGUUUAUUUUUAUAACCAUUCUUACUGUUUCCAAUUUCUCUCUCCUUAUGACAUGUCCAAACCAUCUGGGUCUAUUUUUUUUCAUUAUAUCUACUGUCGAAACAACACCGAUACUACUUCUUAUGCACGCAUUCCUUAUCCAAAUUUUUCUCGUCAAUCCUUCCACUCAUCAAAUCGUUCUGAUCUCUGCUACACUCAUUCUCUGUUCUUUUUUUUUCUGCCUACCGCCCAACAUUCUGAACCGUAUUUGUUUAGGACUUUUCAUACUGUUUGAUCAAAUUGUACACUGGCUGUCGACAUGACGUGUUCCCAUUUGUCGCAUCUUACGACGGAUAAGAAAAAUCCGUGGAAGUAUUCCGAUUCCAACACACAGAGAAAAAUCGACUAACACAAUCGUUUACGAUUUUUGUUCUGGCGAACAAAUAGUGAACAAAAUCUCACUCUGUUGGUCGCCCGAUAGACUUUAUUACGUGUAAAUAAAACCUUCUUAUAAACUGAUCCUCUGCUACGCGGCUGGAUUAAAAGUUAUACAGUGACACCGCCAUGCGUUAAAUUAAAAUAUUAUUAUAUUUGUAAUUAGACCGACCGAAAUAUACGGGAAAUGAUAAUAUACGGGCUAUCGAGAUUAAAGAAAGAACAUAAUAUCAAAACAAGCUCUUUUUGUGUCGUCUAUGCGGGCAAAUUUCAGUUUAUAAUUACGAAAAUACCGUCUGCAUAUUAAUAUUCUGUUUUAAUAAUAUUAUCGUACGUGUAUUAUACAAACCGUAUAUUAUAAUGUAUUUCACUCCGAAAAAACGGACGACAAAGGUCAUUUUUGAUAAGUGAUAAUAGAGCAUUAUUAUAAUAAAAUACUGCGACCACGAACGACGGCUGGAGGUUGAACGCGUUGAACGUUUUUCGGAACGUAGAUUUUUGUGACGACUACGACUCUUUGUUCGAAUAAUAAAAAAAAGUUUCUAGAAUUUAAUGUUGUAUACAAUAUAACGAUGCAAAUGACGUUUAAUUUUUUAUCAUAUAUAUAUAUAUAUAUAUAUAUAUAUAUACGUAACAAUGCGGAUAACUAUCGUUUGCUGUGUCCAGUUAAAAAAGAUAAAAAAAACAUUAAAAAUAACUAAUUACGUAUAAUAAUUAUUAUAUCAAAACGCACAUCCGGUGGGCAAAUUAGUUGGGGGAAGCAUGAGGUAUGGAAACUCUCCUUACAGCCACCGAUUUAAUUUCAGUAAAAUGUCAUCUAAAAACUGACUUCUAUUCAAAAUAAUAUACCUAUUUGAAAUACAUAUUAUUUUCCGAGGAAAGGGGAGAGAGGGCGAGAAAACGUUAAAAAUCGUCCACUGUAUAUAUUCACGCAAUACUUAAGGGAACGCUGUACAGUGCGUCCAACAGGGACAACUGGACAAAUUGAUAAUUUCAAUUUUUAUUUUUAUUUUACAAUACAGCAAAAAAAAAAGACGGACAUACUACGCGCGACGGUUAGGCCACUGUUGUUGGUGAAAAGUUGGGAAGGUAGGAUAAUAAAAAGGGACAUUUAUUUUAUACGCGCACGUGCAUUUUUCCGUUUUUUCUACGGCUUUUCCCGGUAUUUCGCAAUUGUUACGAAAAAUUACCAAGUGGAUAACAUUUCCUUACUUAAAGGUACUACUCUCGAAAAUCGGAGCGAGAUUUUCGAUAGAAAAAUUGUUCACAAAUAAAAAAAAAAAAAAAAUCUCUAUUGUAAAACCAAUAUAUUCCUAGCCCAAUGUCCAAUGAAAGAAUAGAAAUGGUACACUUUAAAAGAUGUUUUUAUCGUAAAAAAAUUGAAAAAUCGAACGGAUAACACUUGAAUAAAACUUACUUUCGUUACACGAAUGAAGCACACUUACGCAAUUACUGCACGUCGUAUGCGGAAAUAGAUACACAACUUCCCGCCGUAUAUUGCCAAACAUGUUGAAACCGUUAUGUAGUAAAUGUUUAAUUUUUUUUUUUUUUAAUACUAUUAGCUGUAACUUUUUUGUUCUGCAUACAACAGUGAGUGACGUCUGUUCGCAGGUCUCAUUCUGGCCGCGGGGCUGUUCGUGUUCGCCUCGGUACUCAACGACAGCUUCUCACCGGUCGUCCAUCAGUCGGUGGACGGCGGCGACGACGACACCAACGACAACGACGACGGUUUCGGCGGCGAACUCCGGUCCGAAUACGACUACCGGUACGGCUGGUCGUUCGUGGCGUGCAGCCUGGCGUUCCUCACGUCCGAAGCGUCGGCCGUGUUCACCAUAACCGCGUACUUCCGGCGGCUAGAGGACCACGUCCAGUACACGGCCGUCGACCGAAAACCGUCACCGGACACGCCACCGUCAGCGGCCGGUGACCGGUCGUCGGCCUGUUCGACGGACGCGCGGGCCGACUCGCCGGACGGCGGUCCCAGUUCCGGGGCGGCCGCCGCCACCGAAAUAACGUCUCGGUCGUCGGACCAUCAUCUUCAGUCGGCGGCCGGACGACACCACCAGGCGCCGUGCGCGAACGGCGGCACCGGCGACUGCAGUCAGACGGCCGGCGGCGCGCCGUCGUCGGGCGUGCCGGCGACGGCCGACGCUUGCAACGGCACCGCCAGCAAAACACCGCCCGACAUAUGUCCGCCGAAAAUCGGCUGCGACGAUGCCGCUGCCGCGACCGUGUCCGUCGCCGUGCCGCCGCCGUCGGCCACCAGACUGCAGUCGGCCGCCUCCUACUGCGCCGCCACGUUGAACCACCACCCGUCUUCCGCGCACAGCAGGCACCACCAGCACUACCGGCAGACGUUGGCGGUCGGCGGCAACGGGUCGUGUUACGAGGUGGACACCACCAAACCGUGUACGUGCGGUUCGGCCGCGACCACGACCACCAAACGGUACGCGACCAUCGCCGGCGUGGCCAGGCACAACGGCGGGAAACUGCAGUACACGACCACGACGACGGCGCUGACCACGGCCGCCGCGUCCAAUAACAGCUGCAGCAACAGCAACGGCAGCGGUGGCGGCAACAAACGGUUGCAGGUGACCGGCCGAUCGGCGGCCGGCGGCGCGGCGCUGUCAGCGAUCAAGGAGACGGUCGGCGGCCCGGCCGACCAUCACCACCUGCAGCACCACGUGCAACAUCAGCAGCAGCAGCAGCAGCAGCAGCAGCACCACCAUCACCACCACCACCACGCCACCACCGCCAGUCUGCAUCACCGGAAACCCGAACCGCCGACCAGGCGUCUCAAAGCGUCCGUCGGCGGUUACGUGGUGCCGCAGACGCCCAUCGCCGCCCUCGAAGCCCUGGACUGUCCGCCCGCCGCCGACCCCCGGCUCGUGCUGCCCAGCUCGGUAUGA